AUGUCAAGAAACGCAAAUGUUCAGCAAUGUCUUAGUAAUAUCAAGAUUCAUUCGAAGAGCAUGAAGGAUAGUCUUGCAGAGGGCAAUCUUCUUCAGGCGUUGAAGCAUUGCAUGAAUUUCCUAAAUGAGUUGAGAACCUCACAGCUCUCACCUAAAGAAUAUUAUGAGUUAUACAUUGCAGUGUUUGAUUCGUUAGAAUACCUUGCGUCGUAUUUGAAGCAGUCGCAUCAGAGGAAGCAGAAGAGAAAAGAAGACACGCCGUUUUUGGCAGAUUUAUAUGAGAUUGCUCAAUUCCUGGGGAAUAUCGUGCCACGCUUGUACUUGAUGAUAGUCAUUGGCACAACGUUGAUGUCUACGAAUAACGAAAGUGCCAAAGAACUCAUGAAAGAUAUGAUUGAGAUGUGCAAGGGAGUCCAACAUCCCAUAAGAGGCUUGUUCUUGCGAAACUACCUCUCACAAAGAUCCAAGGAUCUCUUGCCGCUAGAGACGGAAGAAGACUUUGAGGAUACCGUUGAUUUUCUUAUCACCAAUUUUAUUGAGAUGAAUAAGCUCUGGGUUCGUCUCCAGCACCAGGGCCAUUCUAGUGAACGCGGUCUCAGAUACAAGGAGAGGAAAGAGCUAAAGGUGUUAGUGGGCUCCAAUUUGGUACGACUCUCUCAAGCAAUAGACGAUUUCUCAAACGGGAAGGAAGGUUUCGGUGAAAAAUUCUAUAAAGAAUCCAUUUAUCCCGUCAUAACAGAGCAAAUUAUUCAAUGUAAAGACUCGCUUGCUCAGAAUUACUUGAUAGAUGUCUUGAUCCAGAUUUUCCCAGAUAGCUACCAUUUUGCAACGAUUGACGACUUGCUUAAUAAUGUUUUCUUGAGAUUACAUCCAGCGCUCAAAAAGUCAGACUUGGUAUCAAACUUGGUGGACAGAUUUGUGAUGAAUUUGAAAUUUGAGACUGACUUGAAUCAAACCACCAAUAAGAUUGGUUCCACAGGCAGAAAUGAGAAGAACAAACCACCAAGUUUGUCCGACUCGGCAGACCCCAUUUUCGAGUCGUUUUGGACGUUUUAUGAUAAAAUUGAUAAUUUACAGCCUUCCCUUUCGGCCGACGAGAUCUGCCUGAUUCUCCAAUCUCUUAUCAAGCUCACUCUCAACUUUCAACCGGAUAACUACGCCAACUUGAAUAAAAUCUAUGAGCUCGCUAUGCAAACAUUGCAGAAACAUAAGCUGGGCGAUCAAGAGAGCAGAGAACGAUUCGAGUCUAGCUUGUGGUAUGAUCUCUUGGCUGCACCUGUGAAUGAACUAAAAUCAAUCAAGGAGUUAUUGAAAAUAGAGUACUUCCGUCAACUAUUUGAGCGCAUACCAGAAUUACAUUUCAAGAAGCAACUUUCCCUUGUCAUCAUAGAUAAACUUCUUGACCUGCCUGAGCAAGAGACUUUAAAAGAGAAAGAUUUCAAAGUGGACACCCAAAAAGAUCUAGGAAUUAAGAAGACAAUCAAACUCGAUGGUGGAGACAAGGUUGUCACGGAGGAAUUCAUGGAAAGACAAGAAAAGCUUUGCAGAUGUUUACAUUUGAUUCGACUCGAGGACACCCUGAAGACCUUAUCAGCGUUGCUCUAUGUGAAAAAGAGGUACUUGAGCAAGUGUGCGGAGAAUACGAUUCACACUUAUCCUGCUUUAAUCAGUCAGAUUACCAAUUGCCUAAGACUUUUGGGAUACAGAUCCAAGGCAAGUAAUGAGAAAGACAAAGGAUCAUUUCUUCUGAAUAACUUCAAGAACUUAUCCAUCAUCAUUGAUGAAUUAUACCAACAUCACCUGGCUCACAAUGCGGAGCUCAUUUUGAGAUUGUAUUUGAACGCUGCAACCGUUGCAGAUCAACUCAAGCAAGAAAAUAUAGCAUUCGAAUUAUUCCAACAGACUUUUGUCGUUUAUGAAGAGAGUCUUUCUAUAAACAAAGCGCCUCAGCAUGCACCAAGCCCCCAGGAUCCGAUGGGAGGCUCUGUGGCAUACCGACUGGUGUUGUCAAUUGCCAACGCUUUGGCUACUCUGAGGUAUUUCAGCAAAAAAAACUACGAGGCUUUGAUCACCAAAGUGACACUUUAUGGUUCCAAAUUGUUAAAGAAACAUGACCAAUGCCGUGCCAUUUACAAAUGCGCUCACUUGUGGUGGUGGUGCGAUUUACUUAUCGAGGGCCCGUCACCCACAGUUGCCUCAGUGGAUGGCGACGCGACCAAGGAUGCAAGUGAACCUAAAGAGAAGGAUAAAUCAUCUACUACAGAUGUUACUACAGAUGAAGAUAAAGAGCAAAACAAAGAAAGUGAACAAAAUGAUGAAACGCAGAUUACCGAGGCUAAUGAUGUACAGCUCUACCAGGACGGUAAGAGGGUACUUGAAUGCCUCCAGAAGGCGCUUAGAGUGGCCGACUCGUGCAUGGAUCCUUACCUUCUGUUGAGGCUUUUUGUAGAAAUUCUCAACCUGUGCGUGAUUUUCAAUGUUUAUGGGAACUACUUCAUUGACGCGCGGGUCCCAAUGGAAGGGCCAGAAGUCGAAUUUGAGUCGGAGAAAGCGGGUUUUGAGAAAGAGAAGGAGGAAAAGCAAAUGAAUUGGAGACUUAUUAGUGCCUACGUUUGGAUUGCGGUGACCACAGUUCUUGCUCUUCACAGUUUCCUGAAACUUUCUUCUCCUAGAUUGAAUCCAGGUCUUGUCAAUGGCAAUAGAGCAAGCAGAAUCAGCUCUAGUGCCGGAGUCUUUCUUGCCGGUCAGGAGGCUCCCAAUGAGAUCAUCGAGGUAUCAUAUCCAUUUGUUCCUAGUGAUAGAUACGGCACGUCGUUGCAUAGAGCGCUUUUGGUGAACAAAACCUUUGCCCUGUGGGGAGACCCUCUGUACUUGAGCUACUCACCUCCACCCGUGGAGUUCAACAAAGUUGUGUUGACAUUAUACACCAAUGUGACGGGAGUGCAGUACGAUAGGUUGGCACAUCUUUAUGUUGGAGGGGCGGAGAUCUGGAGGACCAGCACUAUUGAGCCUGGCGGACUGUUGGUGUUUUCUGUCUUCAGCAAGGAUGUGUCGAAGUAUCUUGCUUUGUUUCAACAAGGGAAUGGAAUUUUGUUUCAAUUAGACAAUGUCGUGAACGACCUGAUUAAUGGCAAGCCUCAUGUCGAACUAUAUGCCGAUUUCUACUUCGAUGACACGGUCAAUGACGCAGAGUUUGGACAGGUCAUCGUCGACACCUCUUCCAAUGACGCGAGAUAUAAGUUCUUUGACAUCAGAAAGCCCGCUGACAAUAUCUACCCAUUGAUUAAACAAAGCGACCCCAAAACACCCCCUAUCGUCACGUUAUCUGGCGAGCAACAGCUUAAAUUGACGUUGCCCCAGGUCUCUAAGAAUACUACCAGAUUACAGUUAGAUAUUUUUGCCAGUGGCAAUGGCGAUGAAGAAUUCUGGUACAGCAACGUCUUAGAUAAGUACACUGAUAUAUUCAAGUCUACUGCAGGCGAGAUGUUGGGCCAUGGACCUUUGCGUAUCGUGAAUGUAUACUUCGAUGGCAAGAAGAUUGCUGCACAAACUCAGCAGCCUUUCAUUUUCACUGGUGGUAUUUCACCUUCACUUUGGUCUCCCGUCGUGGCAAUCAACGCCUUUGACCUUCCUGGUCUCAACGUUGAUAUAUCCGGAUUGUUGCCAUUGCUUUGGGAAGAGGGUAAUCACACCAUAGCCAUAGAUAACAAGGAUGUGGUACUGGGAUCCGGUCAAAUUGUCCACAUUGGCAACAGGACGAGGGGAAACCAAAUCUCGUUUGGUACAAAAGUUUUCUUGCUGCAAGUAGUCAAUGGCAUUUUGGAAGCUCAGUUGACGAGUGAGCUCACCUUGAAAUUAAAGGACGGAUCAACAUUGAGCACUCUUGCUAGUCUGUUCACCAAGGGUGAAAUUUCGAACGUGCAACUGUACCUCAACCUGGGUGCCAGACAACAGGUGGUUCACACUGGCCACAAUGCAAAAUCCUUUUUACUUGUGAACAAAAAUGACGAGGAGGACAGAAUUCACCUGACGAACGUGUCGUUGAGUUAUCCGCUCGUUCUUUCUACAAAUAAGAAGACGUUGACAAAUGGGUCCGAUUUGGAUGUCUCAAUCUUGUAUUCUCUCGCUACUACUUUAGACAUUGAUGACCAAAGGGUUAUGGCAAACGGCAUUGCUCAAAAUGGAACCUCGAUCUUCCACGGUCGAGCAGAUGGCAAUUACGGUGAUGGAAGUAUGACAACCAGAUACAAGAUCCAGGUCAAGGGUCCUCUGAAACAAUUUACUUACAAGCGUAAAGUGGAUGCUGCUCAUGGAAAGAUCACUUACGAUCAUUCUGAUUUUGAGGACGAUGCAACGUCUUGGAGUGAAAUCAAUGAAUUAAUUACUGAGAUAGAAAAUAUCAAUGGUACUGACCACGGGCAACUUCCAGAAGUUCCUACGGCUUGGUAA